AUGGAGAAAUACCAAGAACUAUGUGAGUUAUUUCGUGAAGCUGAUAGUUAUUUUAAUGGUAAAGAUGUCGAUACAAAUGAAAUUAACAAAAACACAAAAGUCAAAGGAUAUUGUAGUAGCGAUGGUUGUAAAACAAAUGAAGAUGGUAUUAAUGCUGUGGCCAAAUAUAUAAUUAUAAAAUUCAAAAGGUCAAUAAAAACUGAAGAGUAUAAUGAUUAUGAUGAAUAUUUAUUGAUGUGGGUAAGUGAUAAAUUAUAUAAGAUACACAAAAAAGGAAAAGGCAAAAAGAUUGAAAAAGGCCGUAUGGAUGCUUUUACUUUAAAGCAGGCUUAUGGAGAGUAUUUAGAGAAACAUAAAAAAGGAUUGAAUUAUUGGGGUCUUUUAGAUAUGAAUCAGGGUUUGAAAGAAGCUAAUCUUAAGUAUAUGAGCGAAUUUUAUAAAUUACUUAAUAUAAUAUGUAAAAUGAUUACAGAUUAUAAUAACGGUGCCAAAAAUAGUAAAGUUCUUAAAUAUCCUGCCAAUUGCAGUUUUCAAUAUAAAACCCUUUAUAUGAACAUUUCUGAAUGCAAAUCAUAUCUUGAUUUAUUGAAUAAAUUAAAAGGUGUAUAUGAUGAUUUUAGUUCUAAUAUUAAGAAAAAUCGUUCAAACAAUAAAUUAGCAACUAAUCUUAAAAAACUUACACCAGAAGAUGGAGACGAGUUGGAAGCGGUGCGUGGUUUUAAAUCAUAUGACUUCAAUCGUCCAAAAUGUAAAUUCCCCAUAAAAAAAAAAACAGCACCCCCCAAAGCUUCAAAACCUAAUCCAGGACCAGCACUACCACAAUCAGAACAUGCAGAACCACAACAAAGGCUGCAAGGACAACAAGCACAAAAACAAGAAGGACAAACACCUUCACAAAACGAUCCUUCAUUACCAACACCUCAAACAGGAGGAUCAAGUAAUCAAAAUGAACCAAAGGAUUCAGGAAAUAGUAAAGAAAAUAAAGGGGGUGCAAGUGAUAAUACAGGAGAUCCAAAUGGUGGAAACGGAAAUCCUGGUGCCGGAUCAAAUGAUCCCGCAUCAAAUACAUCAGGAGGAUAUUUUAAUUGGGGGUCAUCAUUUUUUAAAUUUCUAUUAAAUGGAACGGAAAAUUUGAAAAAAACUUCCGAUUUUAUUGAUCAAAAUCAGAAAAAGGUUAAAGAUGUUACGGAUAAAAUCAACAAUGCAUAUAAUGACGUUAAGAAUAAUUUAAAAAAUGUUUACGAUAAAUCUAGUGAUUAUUUAAAUAAUUUUAUUAGUAAUAUAACUAUUCAAUUGAAUAGCAUCGGUGCUCCUUCUAAACCAGAUGGUAACCCGUCUGAACCCGAAAAAUCAAUAAAUGGAGGAGAUUCACCAACUCCACAAACAUCACAAAUUACACAAAAUUCUAAGGAACAAACUACAACGCAGCAAUCGCCUCAGGGUACAUCUGGAAAUAAAAAUUCUGAUAAAACCGAUCAACAAGAAGCUCAAAAGCCAGUAGCCAAUCCAGUGACUAAACAAGAAAAUCCAGGAACCGAAUUAAAAGGAAAUGGAAUAACAGAAAUUGGUGAUGGAUAUGUAUUAAAAGAAUACAAAAAGAUUGGAUUAUCAAUUAUAGUUAUUCUAAUACCAAUUACUUUAACUAUUAUGUACAAGUAUUUGUCAUCUGGAUGGAGAAAAGAAUUGACGAGAAAAAAAAACAUGAAAAAGGUUAUAAAUUCAAUUGGAGGAAAAAGACAGGUGCAAAUAAUUAUAAGUUCAUCGAGUCAUAAAAAACAGACUAAAAAAUCUAUAAAUUCCGUUUAUAAGGAAAAAUCUCCAUCAUUAAAUAUAUACAAACUUAUGCAGGCUGAUCCUGUGCCGUUUAUUAAUUUAUUUUUUUUAUUGAUAUUUUUUGUUUAUAAAAGAAAGCGCGAUUUCAUAGAAUUAUAA